GGCAGGAGGAGGGAAAUCAUCUCUCAUCAAUGCCUUCCGUGGUUUGCGUAAUAAGGACACCGGAUCUGCUGCUACUGGUGUCACCGAGACAAUGCUGGUCACGGCCAGAUACGCCAGCCCCCACAUGGAACAAGCAUAUGCCUGGUACGACAGCCCGGGCGCAGGCCCACUCAAAAUCCCAGACUGGCAGUAUUUCACUGCCCAAGAACUUUAUGUCUUUGAUGGCAUCAUCGUGCUAUUCGACAAUCACUUCACCAUGACCGACAUAGCCAUCCUCGCGAACUGUCGGCGUUUCGAGAUCCCCACGUAUAUCGUGCGCUCCAAGGCAGAUCAGCACAUCCGUAACAUCAUGAACGAUAUGGGGUACUACAGCGGCGAUGAUGAGAGUGAGGACCGGAAGAAGACGCUUUGCCAGGCUGCACGGGAGCAGUUCAUUCAACAGACGCGCCAGAGCGUGAAAGACAACCUGGAAAGUGCCAAUAUGCCUGAUCAAAGGGUUUACAUCGUCUCGAAUAAAACGAUGCUCGAUGUCGUGAAUGAAAAGCAGCCGGAGAACAUCAUCCACGAGAUUGAGCUGUUGAGCGACUUGGAAUGGUCAAGGACUGGCCCGGGUGAAGAAUAUGUUUAGUGUUGUUGGCAGAAUAAAAUAUUUCUGAUACAGCGAGGUCGCUCGUG